UUUAAAACACGCUUCUUUACAAACUCACUAUCAACGCUCUUAUCACGCCCUGUAACACGUACGGAUUAGACGACUUGUUUACGAGUAUGGAGAGAGAGAUGAGUGAAGACAGGAAGCUGUGCGGUUUACUGAACGAGAUGCGAUUGGACGGGUCGCUGUGUGACGCGGUGCUCAGAGUGGACGAAGUGGACUUCAAGGUCCACAAGAACAUCCUCUCGGCGUACAGCCCGUAUUUCAGAGAUCUAUUCAGAAGAUGUAGAAAUCUGGAUCAGAGAGUGUACAACAUCACUGGUGUAUCUCCAGAAAUCAUGGAUCUUGUGAUCCACUACAUGUACACGCAGGACAUUCACGUCACCACCGAUAAAGUGGAGACUCUUUUGGAUGCAGCCAAUCACCUGCUCAUCCAUGACCUUGCACUGAGCUGCUGUGAAUUCCUAAAGGAUCAUCUAAACCCAGAUAACUGCUUAAGGAUUUGGCAGUACGCUGACGCUAAUGCAUACUACGAGCUGCGGGAUCAGACCUACAUGUACACGUUGCAUCACUUCGAGGACGUAGUUUUUUCACAGUCUGGAAAAUUCCUAGAGCUGACCGUGGAGCAGCUCAGUGACAUCCUGGAGAAGGAUGAGCUGAACAUCAAGGAGGAGAAAACAGCCUUCCAAGCUGUAUUCCUGUGGAUCAGGCAUGAACCCAACGUCCGAAAGCAGCAAAUAGUGAACCUGCUGCCGAAGGUGCGGCUGGCUCUGGUGACUCGGGAAUACUUCCUGGAAAAUAUAAAGAAAAACCCGGUGGUCAGCAGUGUGUGUGAGUGUCAACCCAUCAUCGCCCACGCCAUGAAGGCCAUGUACGACUCCAAGAUGGCUGAACCAAACACCAGACUCUCGGAUCCGUUUACCCGUCCACGGCUCCCAUAUUCCGUCUUGUUUGCCAUCGCCGGCUUCAUUGACAAAUCUCCUACGAACAGCGUGGAAACGUACGACUCGAAGCUGGACAGCUGGAUGUGCAUCUCCAGCAGAGCAGAGCGUGCUCGAGCAUAUCAUGGCACAGUGUUCCUGGACGGUUUGGUGUACGUUAUUGGUGGCUCUGACAUCAUGGAGUACUUUAACUCCACGUGCACAUUCAAUCCUUUGGAUGGAACGUGGAACGAUGUGGCACCCAUGCACUCGCCCCGUGGCUAUGUUAGCGUUACCGUGCUGGACGGAUUCAUCUAUGCCAUGGGAGGCUUUGAUGGCACCGUGAGUCUUAACACAGCUGAGUGUUAUCAACCAAGCACCAACCAAUGGAGCCUCAUCCCAUCGAUGAACGAGCAGCGAAGUGACGCCAGCGCUGCCACUUUAAAUGGCAAGAUCUACAUCUGUGGAGGUUGCAAUGGAAAUGAGUGUCAUUUCACGGUUGAGUGUUUUGACCCUUAUUCUAAUCAGUGGACUCUGAUUGAGCCGAUGCACAUGCCCAGGAGUGGCCUAGGUGUCAUUGCGCUGAACAACCAAUUGUUUGCUAUCGGAGGUUUUGAUGGCGUCACUCCGAUGCAGAGCAUCGAGGCCUUUAACCCUCGUACCAACUCCUGGAGGAUUCUUUCCCCCAUGUUUAACCCACGCAGCAACUUUGGCAUCGAGGUGAUGGACGGUCGCUUGUAUGUGAUUGGUGGCUGUAAUGAUGAAGGCACAACCUCCAGGUGCGAGUACUACGAUGUGUAUAAAGAUGAGUGGUUCAAGAUCCAGAACAUGAACACUUGCCGCAGUGCGGUCAGCUGCUGUGUGGUUUCUGGGCUUCCCAACGUCACAGAUUACACCACAAAACGUGAUCUUUUUCUCUAGAUGCACAGCUUUUAUUAACUAUUUAAGCACAACUCAAGCUCAAGCUCUUUCUUCAUCUGUCUUCACAUUUGCUUCUCAUUUAGAAUCGUUUUAUUAUUUAAUUGCCAGGUAUUGUGAAUGGAUUUAUUAAUUAAUUGCCUAUUU